UUGAACAUGGCGGCGCCCGGAGACACCGUGCAUGAAGAGGAUUCGAGUAGCGAGGAUGAGGAUCAGGAGAAAUUCAAGGAGGCUGCAUGGAGUUUCGGCCCCGGAGGUACCAACGGCACGGUCCACCACAGUUAUUCGACAGGGGGAGACAGAAACGACAAGCCGAGCCGAAGAGUGAAGGUGUCCCAGCACGACCAUGAUGGAAACGAGCUCCAAACGACCCCGGAGUUCCGUGCUCAUGUCGCAAAGAAAUUGGGUGCACUCUUGGAUAGCUGCAUUUCUGAUGGUAGCCCAGCCACUUCCACUGUUCCACCAGGAAGUGGGAGAGCCGAGGAUGAGGAUGGCAAUGAGGAUGAAGGUUUUCGGCUGUUCUCUACCUCUGUCCCGGGACUUUGUGUUAAAGAACCCUCCCCACCUGUUCGGCGACGCCCUAUCCCCAGCUCAAGUGACAGCGACAGUGAGAUGGAGAUGAGGCUCAAAGAGGCAGCAGUCUCGGUCACAGACCUCCUGCCCCCUUCUUGCCUUCCCAGCAUGCCUCAGUCCCUCUCCUCACCUGCGCCACUCCCUGAUGCAAAGAAAAAGAAGAAAAAGAAAAAGGCAGAGGACGGAGGAGAGAAUGGAGAGGAAGGAGAACUGGAGAGCGGUGACUCCAUUCCAAAGAAAAAGAAGAAGAAAAAGAAACAGGAAGUGGAUGGAGGACAGAGCAGAGAGGAAGGAGACCAGGAGAAUGGCAGUUGUGACUCCAUUCCAAAGAAAAAGAAGAAGAGGAAACCGACGGAGGGAGGGAGUAAGGAGGGAGAGACGGAGACAAACGGCACGGAUCCCUUGCAGAAUAAAGAGGAGGCGGAGGAGCAGGGAAACACAGAGAAGGAGAGUUUUCCUCAGCAAGACUCUGAGCGUCAGCCGCAACAGGAAGAAAUCCCAGUGAAGAAGAAAAUGAAAAAGAAAAAAAGUGACAAAGAGGGUGAGGAGUGAGAA